AUGUGUUCUAACGCGAAACACCUCCCACACUACUUCAACGUCCAACCCAACCCCCUAGCCUACUCGGACCAGUAUGCGAAGGCGCUUGAUUUGGUUGAAGGCAAGAUUCGUCAGCUCUACUCCGAUCCGAGCCUCGUUCAAACCCCCGAGACGAAGACGCUGUUGUGGGAUAUUGCUGAUGAGAUUGCCCAUUUGCGUUUUGACAACACCCUGCUCAACAAUGCCCCUCCAGAGUGGAUUAAAAAGUUUACGGAAAGGGAACUGGUCACUCAGCGACAGGCCCUUUUGAAUAGCUGCACGCAUCUUACCGAUCCUGGGGGUCAGCUGACCGCGAGGUAUAAAGUUAACAUGAACCAGGGAAACAGAGAUUGCAGCACCGUCCCCUGCGCCUGUAUCGAGCUCAAAAAAGACCCGAAAGCCGACCUGGAUGUUGGAAUAGGCUGGACGGACACCAGCAUGCGUUCUGCAGAUAACUGGGCAAUCAAUGAACUCAAGGGUCUGCGCGAUGAGCUAAAACCCCUGGCUGAGGAGGCGAAAAAGCGCACAAGACAAUUCCUCGACACGUAUGGCGUCACCAAUCGUUAUACCGGCUUCCGCAACAAUCUCGGCUACAUCGGCUGCGCUGACCCCUCCUCCGAGAUAGAUACGGCUCUCACCAACCCCCCGCGUCCACCUAUCGCUCCACGAUGGAACAUGGGAGUCGAAGAUGGACGCGCCAAGGCUGUUGAAUGCACCAACUACAUCGCCCCCGAGGACACCGAAUGCGAGCGCCUGGAGCGCGCGGUGAGGAAGUGCCAGGUCAAGCAGCGUUGUGAGGACCCCGUGGAGGCUGCUGGCAUUGUUUGCAAGUUCCCGGGCAAAACUGAGUACCAGGACGCCUACGUGUACCCUCCGUUGCAUGAAAUUCCGAACGGUCUCCUGAACCCACCGAAGACCCACCGUUCCGUGUCCGAGCAACCACCAGGCAUCCGUGGCAGGGGCUCUGAAGUUGAGCUCAACUGUGAACGCAUUCGCAGCAAAGGCUAUCUCAUCAACCCAACGCCCAAUUACCUGAAGCACUGGAAACCAAACACUGGAAAGCCAUAUAUGGUUCGCGAAUCUGAGUAUCGGGACAGAUAUAAAUGGCCGCAGUGCGGUGAGAUUCGUGUUUGUCCAUGGGAAAAUCGAUGA